AUGAUUAAGAAAGCCGAGCACAUGAGGGAAGUACUCUCUGUUCAGCUCGCUAUGAAGAAAGGAAAAACCGAAGAAAAUGAUAUCCUUACCUUCUCAAGUAAAGACUUGGAGAGAAUUCAGAUGCCUCACAAUGACGCUCUAGUAGUGACUCUUCGCGUCAAAGACUUCGACAUCAAGAGGAUCUUGAUUGACCAGGGGAGUUCGGUCGAGAUCAUGUAUUACGACGGGUUCAAGCAAAUGAAGUUACAGGACAAGGACUUGGCCCCUGCGACGUCUCCUCUGGUUGGCUUCAACUCUCAGCCAGAAUGGCCGGUAGGAAAGAUCAUACUGCCGGUCAAGGUGGGCUCGGUCAUAAAGCAAGUUGAAUUCUGGGUGCCCAAGGUCCCAUCAACCUACAACUUAAUCUUGGGCAAGGGUUGGUUGCACGCCAUGCAAGCAGUAGCAUCGACCUACCAUCAGGUUCUGCGCUUCCCGGCGCCAAUCGGGCGGAUAGAAGAGGUCUGGGGAGAUCAGGUGAUGGCAAAACAAUGCUUCGUCGCGGUGAACGGCAGCCGAGCCGCCAAAGAGUUUGUCCAAAUGAUAGAGGGACCAGAGGGAAAGGAAGUCUUGGAAGACAUGGGGAGAAGGGCCGAAGAGAAAUCAAUUAAAGAUUUGGUGGAGGUGCGCAUGGACGAGAAUGAUCCAAAUAAGUUCUUUCUCUUGGGCUCGUCCCUGUCCAGCGCAGAGCGGCAUGAGUACGUUGACUUCCUGAUUUCCAAUAUGGAAGCCUUCGCAUGGACGCCUUACAAUAUGCCUGGCGUCAACCCAAAUUUCAUUUGCCACCGGUUAAACGUCUUUUCGAAUGCGCGGUCGGUCAUCCAAAGGACACGCCGCUCGGCCAUGCACCAUGCCAAGGUAGUGGCGGAGGAAGUCAAGAACUUGCUGGAAGCAAGGGCAAUAGAAGAAGUGCAAUACUCUCGGUGGAUAUCCAACACAGUGGUAGUUCCGAAAAAGAACGGCAAAUGGCGGAUAGCCAUGUAUGAACCAGACCGAGAGAUCACAUCGUUCACUACUCCUAGAGGCCUGUAUUGUUAUAAAGUCAUGCCGUUCGAACUGAAAAAUGUCGGGACAACUUUUCAAAGGAUGGUGACCAAGAUGUUUGCUCCCCUUCUGGGCCAUACCAUGGAGGCCUACAUCGACAACAUGGUGGUAAAGAGCAGGGAAAAGUCUCAACACCUCGCCGACCUAGCAGAGAUGUUCGCUACACUAAAACAUCAUAAGCUUCGUUUGAAUACUUCCAAGUGCACCUUCGAAGUCGGCACUGGAAAUUUUCUGGGUUUUCUGGUCAUGAACCGAGGGAUUGAAGUCGACCCAUCCCAAAUCAAGGCUAGAUAA